CACUCAGGGCCUCUCUAUGGCUUUCUUGGCCACUUGGAUACUUGGUGAUAUUUUUAACCUUGUUGGCUGUAUAAUGGAACCAGCUACGCUUCCAACACAAUUCUAUAUGGCAGUGUUGUAUACUUUAACUAGCAUGGCUCUUGUUCUACAAGCCAUGUACUAUGAUUACAUCUAUCCGCGGAUGAAACGAAGUAAACAACAGCAAAAGGAUCCAAGGUUUAACCAGACUGGGGUAGACGUGAAACCGAGGCAAAGCAGAAGUGGCGUUGAUGUGAUACAGGAUUAUUAUAGUGACAUCAGUAAUAAAAAUGAUACAGUCAUCACAUCAGAUGUCUUGAAUGCACCUCCUCGGCUAACUGAUUAUGCUUCAAAUACAUCCUCCGGAAGAGACUUGUACUACGUGUCAGCAAGAUCUCUAUUCAAAAGUAGUACUCCACCUCUGGGAUCUUAUCUAGCACAAAGAUUGGCUUCUUCCACAUCUUCUCAGACUCGGUCUUCGCUUCAAGAUCCCUUACUUGCUCCACAAGAAUCAGCAGAACCCAAAUCUGCUUCACGUGUCAAGCCCAUGCUCUCUGUGGUCUCAGCAAUGACCUUCCUUGGUGCGCUGAAUGUCCACUUUUCAGCACUUAACGAAAAGCGAAACCCUGGUUUUGUGAUCCGAGUAGGAAGAAGGCUGUUGCAGGCAAAUGGUGGGCUUUUACAAGAGCAUGGUGUCGGAGAAGGCACUGGAAUUGCAACUUUUCUUGGUUGGGGAAUGGCAGCUAUUUACAUGGGUGGACGGCUUCCACAAAUAUUCUUAAAUAUGAGAAAGGGAAAUGUUGAGGGGCUUAAUCCUUUUAUGUUUUUCUUUGCUGUGGUUGGGAAUUCCACUUAUGUGGCAAGCAUACUUGUGAACAGCAUGGAUUGGUCCGUAAUCCGACCGAAUUUGCCAUGGUUAGUGGAUGCUGGAGGAUGCGUGCUGCUCGAUUUUUUUAUAUUGCUCCAAUUUUUCUACUUCCGUUAUUUUAAGCCGAGGGCUGAAGAGGACAAUAAUAGAUACUCAGAUACAGUUUAGAUGGUGGGAAUCAAGGUGGUUCCAAGGAUUUGCUCCAGCUAACU